CUCUUACAUAAAUAUAUAUCAGUGAAAUGUUCUUGAAAGUCUUACAUUCGUUGACAACACAUUUCCAGAUAUGCUUUUCAAAAUAUUUUGCGCAAGCGCACUUUUUAUUCUGGCAAAUGGAAACUAUCAUGGAGAACAUUUUCAGCAUUCCCAUCCUCAGCCUUACAACUUUGGAUACGCAUUAGAUGACCAUCACGGCUCUCAGUUCAGAAAGGAACAUGGAAACGGACAAGGGCAAGUGCAAGGCAGCUAUGGGUACACAGACCCUAAUGGCAUUCAUCGAGAAGUGCACUAUGUUGCUGAUCAUAAUGGAUUCAGGGCCCAAGUAAAGACCAACGAGCCUGGAACGUCAAACAAUAACCCUGCGAACAUACAGUAUCAGUCCAAUGUCUCUCUGAUGGUGCUUUUGGUCUCUAUUGUACAAGCAUCAGUUAUUCCAGAGGUUUAUCCUGCACAACCAUACAGUUUUGGGUACAAAAUAGUCGACAAGGAAGGUGAACAGCAUAGAGCUGAAUCCAGUGAUGGCGCUGGUUCCGUGAAAGGCAACUACGGAUUCAUUGAUAACAAAGGUAUCCAGAGACAAGUCAAUUAUGUGUCUGACCAUGCUGGAUUCAAAGCUCAAGUCAAGACAAACGAACCAGGAACUGCUGGUCAAAGUCCCGCUGCUGUAGACAUGAUUUCCAAUGAUCCUUACGCCCACGGUGCUGCUGUUCCAUAUGUGUCUCGAGUUAAUGAUCCGUAUGUUCCUGCUUUAUAUGAAUCUGAUGGCAAGCUUGGUCUUCUUGGAGGACCAGCUUAUCCCCUCAAUUAUGGAAAGGUUUAUUCACCAGUUUCAGUUUAUCCAUAUGCUGGUGCUCUACAAUAUAAGCCUCUGGGUUUAAAUUCAUUGGAAGGAAACAAGGGUGUUGUAAACUAUGGAGCUAACUUGGUUGGUGGUGUCAUCAAUGGUUUGGAUACUAGAUUCACUCAGCUAUAA